AUGUCCAAUGUAACCGAAACCCGUCUGGAGAUAGAUGACGGUCCGGAGGAUAAAAAAUCGAGAAAUUUGUUGUCAAGAUCCAUGAGCAAAGUUAGCAACGUCACGUACAACGCGAAAAAAACUAUGGCUCAGGGUAUGAUGGACAUUGCGUUGCUCACGGCCAACGCCAAUCAACUGCGGUACAUAUUAGAGUUUCGUCACAAGUCAACAAACUUUGUCAUUCUACUGAUUCUUAUAGCGUGCAGCCUGAUAUUACAAGUAAACGCAAAAACCCAUAGAUCGUAAUAUUUAUUUUAUCAUAUACUGAGUGUCCCACUGGAUUCGACAAAUGCAAUAACUUAUUUUUUAUUCAAUGAUUUUGAUACAUAUUUUUUCAAAUAAUUAGUAUGCCUCAGCGUUACAAUUUAUAUAUGAACAUUUUUUGUUUUUAGGGAGAGGGGGACUUUAAAUAAAAUAUAAAAAAUUUUACUAUAAUUUUUUUUAAAAAAAUUCAAAAUAGCCAAUUUGUAAAAUAGAUUUUUAGAAAAUUUUUGGAUGGUUGAAACUUUUGUUAAAGUAUGGUCUUUUAUUUUCUAUGAUUUUUAUAAGUUUUUGCAAAUGUGAAUAUUACCUAUUGUGGUUAUUCAGUUAUUAGUUAUUAAUCAAGAUUUUCUUUUCUAUUAGUUAAUAUCAUGCAAUAAUAUUAUCAUAUUAUAGUUAUGAGGUAGUUUCAAUCAAUCAAUAAUAAUCAAUAAUGGUAAUUUAUGAUUGAAAAGAAAAUUAUUCAAAUAUUCAAAAAAUCGUAUAAAAUAAAAGACCAUACUUUAACAAAAGUUUUCUAAAAAUAUAUUUUACAAAAUGGCUAUUUUCAAUUUUUUAAAAAAAAAUUAUAGUAAAAUUUUAAAUUCCUCCUCAUUCCACCCAAAAACAUUAUUUAUAUAUAAACUGUAGCACUGAGGCAUACUUAUUAUUUAAAAAAAAAAAUGUAUAUCAAAAAUAUUGAAUAAAACAAAAGUUAUUGCAUUUGUCGAAUCCUCGUGGGACACUCUGAAUACCUAAUAUUUACUAUGACGUGUAGAUACAGUGGCGGGGUGAUCUUAAUGUGUUUCAUUGGUUUUAUGGCUGUCUAAAACUGAAAUUUGUAAUUUUUAUAGAGAUUUUUAUAUAUGAUUGAAACCAUAUAAUCAUGAAUAAUAAUAAAACGAUAAUCAGUAAAUUUAAUAUUUUUGUUGAUAAAAUUCGGACGGUGAAUAAGACGUGUCAACAAAUUUUAUAUUUGCCUUGUAAUUUAUAAAUAAUUUGAUAAACAUAUUUUGUAUACAAACCAUUACGUACAAAAAAUAUACUUUUUAGUACUCGAGGUGAGAUUUCGUCAUAAUAUAAAGAAAAAACCCUUUAAAAAUAAUUGUGGGUGAUUGUUAAAUUGAAAUAAUAUACACUGUAGGUAUAAGACACACGUUAUCUCGGAAAGUAUUAACUUUUUCGGAAUUUAUUUUUUGGACAAUUUAAGAGAUUACUUAUCUCUUAGGUUAGCUUUAAAAUUUAAAAUUAUCUUUUUUGUCAUCCUUAUUUUAGUGGGUUAUAUCAUUAUCUAUGUCAUACUUUUAAUUUUCAAAUAGCAACCUAAAUUACAAUCCCGUCAAUCUAUUGAUGAGAUAUUUCACUUUCAAGUUUCAGCGAGGAUUGUAUGGUGGAAUACUAUUAAAAAUCAACGUGCCGUGCUGCUGAUACACAAAUGAUGGUCCACUAGGACGCAACCCGUUUCGCUCAAACUUGCCCUUUACCAUUUGGCCUAAAUACCCGUUUCGCCCAAAUACAUUUUAAUCAUUUUAUAUUUGACAAUAAUAUUUGAAUAAUAGUUGAAACACAUAACAACAUAUAAUGUAUAUCGUAUCGUAAAUUAAUAUUUUAUAAAAAUUUGCUAUAGUACUUGUCUGCCCAAAAAUGUUGUAUAAAAUACAUCUAAAAGUUCAUAUUAAAUUAGACAGUAUUAAUUAUAAUGCAAAUCAUUACAAAUCAAUUUUUAGUAAAAAUUAUUUAAAAAGUCAUCACAAAAUACAAAUCAUUAUUUUUUAAAAGUCUAUACAUGUUUUUACAAACUCAUACUUCGUUAUUUCAUCGGAUAUAUAUAAAACGUGUUUCAUUAUAUUCUUGCAUUUCCUUCGUUUUCUUGAGAAUUUUAACGCUGUAUUUUUAGUACAUUUCUACAUUUUUAUAAAAUAAUAAAAUAAUAAUUUUGUCAUAGAUAUUUUUAAAUAAUUUUCUCUAUGUUUUAACUAUUAUUCAAAAUCAAUUUCCUACUUUUUUUAAAAUAACUUACAUGUGUUUCGGCGACGGUGUAACGGGACUCGCCCCUCCAUUACUCUCCCCUCGAUGAAACAUGCAAAUGGAAUAUCUCAUAAAUAGGCUUACGGAAAUUAAAAAUCUUCAUACCAAAAUGAUUUAAACUUAUCCUCCAUCUAUAUUUACGGAAUUUUUAAAAUCAAAAGCAAAUAGUUGAUUCAUCUUCAAAAUUAAGGAUAACAAUAAAAACAAUGGUACAUAAUGUAAUAUUUUAGAGCAUAAUUUUUUUUUUUAAUGCUAAAAAAGGUCAAAUACUUUCUGAGAUAAUAAGUGUCUGUAAUAAGUUCAACAGAUAUAGAAAAAAAAAACUUAACAAAUUAUCUAACUUUUAUAUAAUUGUAUAUUAUAUUAUUGUAUAUAUUAAUUGUAUAUAAUUUUAUAUAAUAUAAUGUAUAAUGUAUAUGUUACGGCUAAUGUUGAAAAUCGAAUGUGUCCUCGUUUCAUUUAAUAGAGCCAUUACUUGAAAACGAAAUUAAAAAUACAAGUAUUUUAAUCGAAAUCUUUUGAAAACAUUAAAAUCGAAACCUUACCAAAACCCUUUUUUUAUAUCGAUAUUUGUUGUAAGAGAAUUUCCGGUUUUCAUUUUUGGUUCCAAUUUUGUUUAAUUAUGUUAUAUAUUUAUUUUUUAUAUUUUGGUUAUAAAUAUAUACGUGUAUUUAUAAUUCUUCAAUUCUAUAAAGUACAAUAAAAUACAAUAAAAAAUAAGCAGUUAUCAAAAUAAAAAUAUAUAAAUUAUAAACAUUGUUGUUCGCUUCACCGGUUUGUAAAACCCUUCGUUAUGAUUAUUCCCUUAUAUUUUAUAAUUUAUUAAUAAUUUUGGUGACGUCGAAAAAUGUUGAUGAAUGAUGUGAAAUAAAAUAUGAAAAAAUAUAAAUAAAUAAUAAUAAUACACAGUAGAAACCGCUUUUAAUGACAUUUAAGUGACUAGUUAAAAUUAGUCAUAGUAACCGAUUUUCAUAACCAAAAUGAUAAAAUAAAAUUUAAAACUUGAUUGUGUAUAUGUAUAUGUAAAACAUAUUAUUAUGUAUUUAUAUGAACAUAAUAUUGUAUUACAAUCACGUAUCACAUUUGUAUCACUAAAUAGUGACUUCAAUACAUAUAGAAAAAAAAAAGUUGUUUUAUAUUAUUUUAAAAUUAAAUUUCCACUGCAUUGAAAAAAAAACAAAUGUUAUCUUCAAUAAAAGUUUAAUACACUAGCUAUAGAUAACAGAUUUUUCCAAUAUAACUAAUUAUAACUAGUAAUAUAACUAGUUAAUCGUCAUAACAUUCGUAUAGACAUUAUACAUAUGUUAUUAUAAUAAUCUAUCCAAAUUAGUAGGGCGGCCGUGCCUAGGAGAGUGCAAAAGAUGCUCACGUACUGGGCGAUAUGCCCGUUGAUAUUACUUGAUUAUUGGUACUUUGCCCUGUUAAUUUUUUUUUUUUGAAGAACCGCAUUGGAACCGAAACCGACAAAAUCAUAAAGAUUCCAAGCCCUGAGUAAAACCAAUUUUAUUUAAUUAGUUUUGAUAUUCGAAUGAAUUGGCUAAUUAUCAAACUUAAAGAUAAAAACAUUGCCUGUGUUUGUGUGUUGGGUUUUUAUCUAAUAUUUAAAUUUUUAAGUGAGAUACAGAAUUGUUUAAAGUGUAAUAAUUCACAUGCUCUUAUAUCUUACAAAAAAUUAAAAUAUCAGGAAAAACCAAUUCACUCUAAUAUUAAAACUAACAUGCACAAAUUCAGUUUUAUUUUUUGGAUGAAAAGUUGACAUUACCCAUAAUGUUCGACAUUAGCCGUAAUAUAUGCUUUUUUUUCUACGACAAAUUGUUCACCGCUCGUCUCUAGGUUUUGGUUGGAAUAAUGCUGAUAUUCAAAGGUCAUCUGGACUUUAAAGGAAGUGGUUCGACCGAUGAUAGCAGCAACAAUACUCCGUCCAGGAAAAUCCCGAACGACCAACUGAAUAACUACGUGGUCCUAGGAGUGUUCCUCAUUACCGUCAUCAACAUAUUCAUUGCCGCGUUCACAACAGCACCGACCUAACACUACACUCCGUACAUUGCGAAAUGUUUUCAAAUAUCUUAACAUAGACAUUAUUAUAAUAGUUUUUGUGUGUUUUGGCGAUGCAUUUUUCAGUUUGCUGCAUUGUUUGCUACUCGGUUGCGAUAUCGUCAAAACUUUUUGUUUACUGUACAGUAUUUUACCAAUGGAUAAACAGUAAUCAAUGACAACAAACAAUUAAGAACUAAGUUCUUAAUUGUUUGCUGGUUCCGGUAGCCUGGUAGUUGAACAUCGAAUAGAGCAUUUAGUUAUCAAACUAUUAUUGGAAACAAUAUCGUAAAAACAGUUUAUUCAUUGAACCACGUAAUAACCAGGCUGCUCAAAACUGCAUCAAAAAAACACGCCUUUUAUUAUAGACGGCGAUCCCCCUUCAUGUCUAUGUAGGUUUUCCGGUAUGAGCAUAUUAGACGAGAGAGAUAGAGACAGCAUAAAGUAAUAAUAUACAACCAAAUCACGGGAGAAUAUAAUAAAAAUAAUAAUUUAUAUUUAAACGAUAAUAAUAAUGAUGAUGAAUGAAUUAAGAAUAUUUUGAAUUUUUUCCACGGAUUAAUUUAUUAAUUAGUUUCUGAUAUAUUCUUCAUCCGUGGUUGGGGUGGGGGCUUAGAAUAAGUUAUUGGAGUAGUUUUUAGUCAGUAUUUUUCAUUCAAAUAUACUUAUAACGAUGAAUCAGUUUUCUCUCUAUUUGCAAUUAACAAUAUAUUAAUAUGUCUACUGUCUAGUCCAAUGGUUUUCAACCUGUGCGUCGCGGUUCUCAGGGGCGUCGUGAUUUAUUAUUAAGGGAGCCGCGUCUAUAGUAAAUAUAGUAUAGUAAUAUAAUCAAUUUGUUUAUUAUUUUUUUUAUUAUAUCAUCAUUAUUUGUAAGGGAACCACUAAUUUCGAAGAGCCGUGGGCCCAAAAAGGUUGAAACCACUGAUCUAGCCCAUAUUAAAAAUAGAUAAUAAUUGUCUAUAAGACAUAUAAUCUACCGACAAAUGAAUUAUGUGAGUUUUUUGUUUGUUUUUUAAUCAUGUGUAUUGUACCUAUACGAUUUUAAUCAUUAACUAACUUGAACUGAAUAAACGAC